AUGGAGGAUAACCCCGAUUCUUAUGCGAAGAAGUCGAAGAAAGUUUGGACAACACUUAUUACGAAUACAAAUUAUCUUUCUGGUCUACUCACCCUAGACUACUCCCUGAAGAAGGUUGGGAGCAAGUAUCCCUUGGUAGCCCUCUACACGGACACCUUCCCAGAUAAAGGACUUCAAGCAUUGAGAGCACGCGGCAUUCCGGCCAGAGAGAUACCCUAUCUGUUACCAUCAGUCCCCAAAGAAUAUAGUCAAGAUCCUCGCUUCUAUGACUGUUGGAGUAAGCUGGCACCUUUCAGUCUCACAGAGUAUGACCGAGUUGUACAAAUGGACAGCGACAUGAUGGUGCUGAAGAAUAUGGAUGAGCUAAUGGACAUCGAAUUGGACGAAGCCGAGCAAAACGGAGAUGGCCAGCGGGUUUUUGCAGCAAGUCAUGCAUGUGCCUGCAAUCCGCUCAAAAAGGCACAUUAUCCGAAACAUUGGGUUCCAGAGAACUGUGCUUUCACCUCCCAGCAUGACAAGCCAGAGGCGGCACAAGAGCAAGGAGCACCGCCAACAGCAGGCAUUGGUUCCCCAAAUGGAGGCCUGGUGGUGGUUAUCCCAGGCCAAGGCACCUACGACAAGAUCUCGUGUACCUUGCGUGACGGAGACAAGACGGCAAAUUAUGACUUCGCCGAUCAGGCAUUGCUUGGAGACGUCUUUCAUGGCCGCUGGGUUGGCCUCCCGUACGUGUAUAAUGCUCUCAAAACAUUGAGAUGGAAGGGAGUCCACGAUCAGAUUUGGAGGGAUGAUCGGGUCAAGAAUGUGCACUACAUCUUGAGCCCAAAGCCAUGGGAUGAGAAGAGCGGAGAAGCGUCGGAAGAAACACAUGAGUGGUGGCACGAGAUGAACGCAUCCAGGCUGGCAGACGAAGGAGCGAAAGGCUACCAGGACGGGUUUUGA